UCUUCAUCAUCAGCACACAGAAAGAAGCUCUUUCUUCUCUCUCCACAUAUAUAUCUUCAAUGGCUUCCCUUCUGCAAUUCCUUCGUUUCCUCUUUGUACCUUUUCUCCUCCUCCUCUUUUCUCUUUCCAUAGCCUUAUCAUCAUCACAUCAAAUUCCCAAGCCUUAUGUUGUUUACAUGGGAAGUUCAGCAUCAAACAGCAUUGGGUUAGAUUCUCAAGUUCCAGAAUCAGCACAUUUGCAGCUAUUGUCUUCCUUUAUUCCAAGAGGAGAGAGUGAGAGGAUAGCUCUAAUCCACCAUUACAGCCAUGCUUUUAGUGGAUUCUCAGCCAUGCUUACAGAGAGUGAAGCUUCUGCAUUGUCUGAGCACCAUGGUGUCGUGUCAGUGUUUCCAGAUCCAGUUCUUCAAUUGCACACGACAAGAUCCUGGGACUUUUUGGAAUCAGAUUUGGGCAUGAUGUCACGUGGCUACAUCCCACACGAACACUUUUCAAGUGAUGUUAUUAUUGGUGUUAUAGACACUGGGAUAUGGCCAGAAUCUCCAAGUUUUAAUGAUGAGGGUAUUGGGGAAAUCCCUUCAAGAUGGAAAGGAGUCUGCAUGCAGGGUCAUGAUUUCAAGCUAUCCAAUUGCAAUAGGAAACUGAUUGGUGCAAGAUACUAUAAUACCCAAACCAAAUCAGAUGGAAACAAGACUCAUGGUGAAGAAGCCAAAGACUCACCAAGAGACUCUGUUGGACAUGGGACUCAUACUGCUUCAACAGCAGCUGGAACCCAAGUUAAGAAUGCUAGUUUUUUUGGUUUGGCACAAGGAACAGCAAGAGGCGGCUCACCAUCUUCUAGAAUUGCCGCCUACAAGGUAUGCUCACAAGAAGGUUGUUCAGGUGGCACUAUAUUGAAGGCUAUAGAUGAUGCUGUUAGAGAUGGUGUAGAUAUAAUCUCAAUCUCCAUUGGGAUUGGCUCGGCGUCUGAAGCAGACUUUCUGGGUGAUCCCAUAGCCAUUGGAGCAUUUCAUGCGGAAGAAAAAGGUGUCAUGGUGGUGUGCUCAGCAGGGAAUGAUGGUCCUGAUCCUUCCACUGUUGUGAACACUGCUCCAUGGCUGUUCACUGUUGCAGCUUCUAAUAUUGAUAGGAACUUUCAAUCAAGUGUUGUCCUUGGAAAUGGAAAAACUUUUCAAGGCUUUGGCAUUAACUUCUCAAACCUCACUCAUUCAAAGUUGUAUCCUCUUGUUUUUGGAGAGAAUGUGGCUGCUAGGUUUUCCCUUGCAUCAGAAGCCAGGAACUGUGGCCCUGGAUCACUGAAUUCCAAUAAAGCUGCUGGCAAGAUUGUGAUUUGUGUUGCUGAUGAUCCAACUGUUCGAAGACGAAUCAAACAGCUAGUUUUACAAGAUGCAGGAGCCAUGGGGAUGAUACUGAUUGAUGAGGACAAGAAGGAUAAUCCUUUUAACACAGGCAUUUUUCCCUGCUCAAAUGUUGGUCAUCUUGAAGGGAAUCAGAUUCUAAAGUACAUUAACUCUACCAAGAACCCAACUGCGACAAUUCUUCCAACAGUAGAAGUUGCUAGGUCUAAGCCUUCACCAAUUGUUGCAUCUUUCUCAUCUAGAGGUCCUUCAAUUCUUACAGAAAACAUAAUCAAGCCGGACAUUAUGGCUCCAGGAGUUGCCAUUUUAGCUGCCAUAGUACCCAAGAGCACUGCACCGGGAAGUGUUCCACCAGGGGAAAGACCAUCCUUAUUCGGCCUCAAUUCUGGUACAUCCAUGGCUUGCCCACAUGUGACUGGUGCCGCAGCAUUCAUAAAAUCAGUACAUAAAAGAUGGAGUCCUUCAAUGAUCAAGUCAGCCCUAAUGACAACAGCAACAACCUACAACAACAUGAGGAAGCCUGUGACCAACAGUUCAAAUCACUUUGCCAACCCACAUGAAAUGGGAUCUGGGGAAAUUAACCCACUCAAAGCUCUCUAUCCUGGUUUAGUCUUUGAAACAGAAGUUGAAGACUACCUCAGAUUCCUUUGUUAUUAUGGCUAUUCACAGAAAAACAUAAGGUCAAUGUCUAAGACUAAAUUCAACUGCCCAAAGAAAUCCAAUAAAAACCUUAUAUCCAACAUAAACUACCCAUCAAUCUCCAUAGAAAAGCUCAGAAGGACCCAGCAAGCCAAAGUAAUCAAAAGAACGGUUACCAAUGUGGGACCCCUUAAUGUCACAUAUCUAGCAAAAGUGCAUGCACCAGAGGGAUUGAUUGUCAAGGUGCUCCCCAGUAAACUUGUUUUCUCUGAGAACAUAACAAAGCUAUCCUAUGAAGUCUCAUUCUAUGGGAAGGAGGCCCAUAAAGGCUACAAUUUUGGAUCUCUAACAUGGCUUGAUGGUCAUCAUUAUGUUCAUACAGUAUUUGCAGUCAAUGUUCAAUAACUUGGCAUUGUUGUCUGGUGCAGGUUAUGUCAAUGCCCAGACAUACAGGACAUUGCCAAAUUCACACACACACACACACACAAAUAUUGAUAAUUUGUGUUGGCUUUUUCUCUAGCUAUGUCAUGGAUGGGGAAAAUGUCUUCUUUCCAUCCACUAAUAAUCAAAACUAAGCUACUCAUUUUCUCAAAAUGUAUUUUUGACAUGAAACCUUUGGAAUAGGCUCUUUGGUAGUUUUGGAGAGAGUUGAGCGUGUCUUGCUACUUUGGGUCAAUUCCUCAAAAUUCAUUUUAGAGAGUUUGAUAAGUUUAUGGAAUUCUAUAGUUUGUUUGGUUAGAAAGGAAUUCAUGUACUUCAAGGGCAUUCCUUCAUCUUUGAAUAUGUAAUGGAUUAAAAUUGUGUCCA